AUGGCUGAAGAAACACCGGGAACUGGAGUCUAUACCUGUACCUGUCCAGCAGGCUGGGAAUUGACGUUCUGUGAACAAGCCGUUAGUGAUGAGUGCGCCUCGAACCCAUGUACCCACGGAACGUGUGUGGAUGGAGUCAACUCGUACAGCUGUACCUGUGAGGCAGGAUACACAGGAGUCAACUGUGAGACAGACAUUGAUGAAUGCGCGCCCCGCCCAUGUAUCCACGGGACGUGUGUGGAUGGAGUCAACUCUUACAGCUGUACCUGUGAGGCAGGAUGGACAGGAGACAACUGUGAGAUAAACAUCGAUGAGUGCGCGUCCAGCCCAUGUGGUGCCCACGGGAUGUGUGUGGAUGGAGUCAACUCUUACACCUGUAACUGUGAGGCAGGAUGGGCAGGAGUCAACUGUGAGACAGACAUCGAUGACUGCAACCCCAGCCCAUGUAUCCACGGGACGUGUGUGGAUGGAGUCAACUCUUACACCUGUACUUGUGAGGCAGGAUGGACAGGAGUCAACUGUGAGAGAGACAUCGAUGAGUGCGAAUCCAGCCCAUGUACCCACGGGACGUGUGUGGAUGGAGUCAACUUUUACAGCUGUAAUUGUGAGACAGGAUGGGAUGGAGUCAACUGUCAAACUGAUAUCAAUGAAUGCAGCCCCAACAAUGGACGUGGUCCGUGUGAACAACUUUGUACCAACACACCUGACAGCUUCACUUGCUCCUGUAAUGAUGGUUACGUCCUGAACCAGGAUGGGCUACAUUGUGACGCUCCCACUCAGAUAACUGUACCACCACAAGAUUCCGUGAAAAACGCAGGACAAGACGCCACCUUCUCCUGUAGAGCAGAGGGACAUCCAAGACCGAGCAUCACGUGGUACCAUGGAGGGAUCAGCUCAAACGGUGGUGGAGUUACAAUCACUGAGGAUACCGGUGGAACAAAUCAACACACGUACAGAGAGAGCAUUCUCACCAUCACCAACCUGGAUAGGACAGACCAUGGAACCUACCGCUGUCAGGCGAGCAACAGAGGAGGUACUGAAGAAGUGACUGUCACAUUGACAGUAAGAGAGAGACCAGACCCUCCAACGGUGAACAGUGGCUUGACCUUGACUACUACUACCGUCAUGUGCACCUGGUCUCUCCCGGCCUACCUGGGGAAUCUACCUGUCACCGGAAGUCGCAUCCAGUACCGUGACAUUAGGGAGCAACAAUGGAACAGCAUCAUGACAGAAACUCCAAACACCAACUAUGACAUCACCGGACUAGAUCCGUUCACCCUGUACGAAGUCAAAGUUGCCAUAAAGAAUGACCUGGGGUACAGCGAUGAUUCACCUGUGGCACAUGUUUGGACAGCUGAAGCAGCACCAGGCAGGGUUGAAAACCUUAGCCUACAAGGGAUCUCUGCUACCGAGGUGAAGGUUAUGUGGGAUCCGCCCGACCCCAUUAAACCUAAAGGCAUCAUAAUUCACUACAUGGUUACUUACAAAAGGACAGACGAGACUUCAGAAAGUUCUCCGUUCACAACAAAUGGCAACUCUACCAACAUCAUGAUCAACGACCUGGAAACAGAUAAGAACUACACCGUGAAUGUCUGGGGUGUGACAUCGGGAGGGCCUGGGCAGGUGGCAGACAUAACGUUCCUGUUCGAAUACAGUAAGAUAUAA